GCGAUGGAGGAACUAUGGCUGUGUCUACCUGAAUUUACAUCAAGGUGAAAAGGUUGAAGCUACGGGUGGCCAUACUGUAAGACUUCGGGGUGCAAAAUAGUCUAGAUUACAAAUUUCAGGGUGCAAAAUAGCAUUUUCCAAAAAAGAAAAAGUUUUUUGUUUCGGGCCUAAGCAUAUAUCGGCGCCCAAUUAUGAGCUUUGCACGGCCCAUGAGCCCGUCUAUUAUAAUGACGUUUCUUCGCCGGCCUAAAGCGCGGGAGGAUGAAGGAACGAAAAUAUUUGAAUGAGGAUCCCACCAAACGCCAUAUCACAGCUUCACAGAGCCGACGGCCUCCUCGACUGCGCAGCCUAUGGCCGCCUCCUCCAGUGCUGCUCCGACGCCCGCCUCCUCCGCCAGGGGCAGCAGCUCCACGCCCGCCUCGUCCUCCACUCUGUCACCCCCGACAACUUCCUCGCCUCAAAGCUCAUCAAUUUCUAUGCGAAAGCGAACCGCCUCCGAGAAGCCCGCCACGUGUUCGAAGAAAUUCCGGUGCGGAACAUAUUCUCCUGGAACGCCCUUAUCAUCGGGUACACCGUCGAGGGCAGGUUCCGAGACGCGCUGAGGCUGUUUUCCUCAUUGGUGACUCGUGGUUCGGAAAAUGUGCAUCCCGACUGCUUCACGGUGUCCUGUGCUCUGAAGGCUCUCUCGGCUUUGUCUUCCAGCUCAAGAUUGGCUAGGGAGCUCCAUGGGUUCAUUGUGUGUCGAGGGUUCGGUUCUGAUAUCUUUGUAAUGAAUGGGCUGAUUACCUUCUACUCAAGGUGCAAUGACGUACGUUCAGCAAGAAAGCUGUUUGACAGAAUGCCCGAGAGAGACAUUGUGUCUUGGAACUCCAUGAUCAGUGGGUAUUCCCAAUCUUGGUACUACGAAGAGUGCAAGGAGCUGUACAGGGAGAUGAUGGGUUUAAUCGAAUUGAGACCUGAUCAAGUGACAGCUGUCAGUGUUCUGCAGGCAUGUAGCCACUCAAAGGACCUCCUCUUCGGGAUGGAAGUUCAUCAGUUUUUGAUAAAUAAUCAAGUUGAGAUGGACAAUACACUCUGUAAUGCCUUAAUUGGGUUAUACGCUAAAUGUGGUAGCUUAGAUUAUGCAUGGGAGCUGUUUGAUGACAUGGAAGAGAAGGACGAAUUCACCUAUGGCUCAAUUAUCUCAGGGUACAUGGCUCACGGGUUUGUCAAGAAAGGGGUGAGUAUCUUCCGCCAAAUCAGAACCCCGAGUUUAAGCACUUGGAACUCUGUUUUCUCGGGUUUGGUACAGAACGACCAACAUGAGAAGGUCCUAGAACUUUUCCGGGAGAUGCUCGCUUCAGGUGUACAACCAAACGCUGUAACGCUCUCGAGCAUUCUCCCCGCAUGCUCGUACCUCUCGAAUUUGAAGGGAGGGAAAGAAAUCCACAGCUUUUCUGUUAAGAAAUGUUAUGAUCAGAACAUUUACGUGGCUACUGCUAUUAUUGAUGCGUAUGCAAAGUUGGGUCUUCUUAAAUGGGCAAGGGGGGUGUUUGACCGAUCAAGACAUAGAAGUUUGAUCAUCUGGACAGCGAUCAUAUCGGCAUAUUCUGCUCAUGGGGAUGCAAACACGGCUUUUGGGCUAUUCAAUGAGAUGCUGGGCACUGGGAUUAAGCCGGAUGCGAUAACAUUUACAGCAGUUUUGGCAGCUUGUGCUCAUACAGGAAUGGUGGAUGAAGCGUGGAAGAUAUUUCAUUCAAUGUUGCCAAAUUAUGGCAUUGAGCCCUCUGUUGAGCAGUAUGCUUGCAUGGUAGGGGUUCUGAGCCGAGCCAAGAAACUCUAUGAAGCGGCAGAAUUUAUUCGAGCAAUGCCUAUUGAACCGAGUGCAAAAGUUUGGGGCGCUUUGCUCAAUGGGGCUUCAGUGUCUGGUGAUGUGGAAAUCGGGAAGUUAGCUUGCGACCAUCUAUUCAAGAUUGAGCCUGAAAGUACUGGAAAUUAUGUUAUCAUGGCAAAUCUAUAUGCCCAGGCAGGGAGAUGGGAAGAGGCUGAUAUGGUAAGGGAGAAGAUGAAUAGCAUAGGGUUGAAGAAGAUUGCUGGCAGUAGCUGGAUAGAAACUAAGGGAAGGUUGCACGGUUUCAUUGCAAGGGACGAGUCGAGUGAAAGAACCAAGGAGAUGUGUUCAGUCUUGGGAGGUUUGCUUGGAUCUCUGAGGGAAGAAGGGUAUAUCUGCCAGGAAGAGUUGGACGAGGAAAAUCUCGUGUGUGAAGACUGACUAUAGUCAGACUCAUCACUCACUAGUGAUGGUUUGAUAAUCCAACAUCAACAGUAUGAGGUAACUAUCAUCAUUUGUUAUUCGUGUGAAAUGGGCUAGACAUUGCGGAAUACAAUCUUGGGGAUAUUCACAAGCUAGCAUUUGUGUGGCCAAAUGAUACUCCAUUAGAGUAAUUAUGAUAUUGUAGAGUAGUAAUCGAUACUUAAAGGGGUCCAAUAAUUUCUUUUGUUUUUUUGUUUUUUUGUUUUGGCCACGUCCAAUCCAAAUUUGUUAAUGAUAGCAUUUUGGUGAGAUACACUUAGCUUUACUAUAAUUACAACUGGCACUUAUAUCAUUACUUUGCAAGCAGAGAGACUGGUACCACUGUUCUGUGAUCCUUUA